AUGGCAAACGACGCCCAGGCCACAAAGAAACGCAAGAGAAAGCAUGGCGGAAGCAAGAAGGACAAGGACGCUGCCACAGGGACUUCCGUGGUGCUGCCCGUCGCGAACGAGGCGCCGGUAGCAUCGAAAGACGACAAGCCACGCAAGAAGGCAAAGAAGGAAAAGAAGGAAGCCACACCUCCCCCACCACCUCCUGCAGAAGAAGAGUCUGAAGACGUAGAGGAGGAGGCCGAAGCCGAAGCAGAGGCCGGAAAAGCAGAACUGGGCGAGAAGCCAGCGGAGAAAGACGACGAUUCCGAUUCCGACUCCGACGCAGAAUCAGAGUCAAAACCCGCCGCCGAUGCCGAAGCAGACGACUCAACGCCCCCCGAGCGCCCACCAGCGCCUACCAACCUCCCCGAGCACGCCGCCCUCUCCCUCCCCGACACCGGCGAGCACCCCACAAAGUUCAGCGACCUGCACCUCUCCCCGGGCACGCAAAAGGCGAUCGAAAAGCUCGGCUUCACGACCAUGACCGAGGUGCAAAGCCGCACCAUCCCGCCGCUCAUGGCCGGCCGCGACGUCCUCGGCGCUGCCAAAACGGGCUCGGGGAAGACUCUCGCGUUCCUCAUCCCCGCCGUCGAGAUGCUCACAUCGCUAAAGUUCAAGCCACGCUCCGGCACGGGCUGUCUGGUCAUCACGCCGACGCGCGAGCUGGCGCUGCAGAUCUUCGGCGUGGCGAAGGAGCUCAUGGAGAACCAUUCGCAGACGCUGGCGAUCGUCAUUGGCGGUGCGAAUCGGUCGCAGGAGGCGGAUAAGCUGUUUAAGGGCGUCAAUCUGCUGAUUGCGACCCCGGGGCGCCUGCUGGAUCAUCUCCAGAAUACGCCGGGGUUCAACUAUAAGAACCUCAAGGCACUGGUGCUCGACGAGGCGGACCGCAUCCUGGAGAUGGGGUUCGAGGACGAGAUGAGGCAGAUUAUUAAGAUGAUCCCGAAUGAGGGGAGGCAGACGAUGCUGUUCUCGGCGACGCAGACGACAAAGGUGGAGGAUCUGGCGAGGAUCUCGUUGAGGCCCGGACCGCUCUAUAUCAAUGUUGACUACCACAAGGAGGCGUCGACUGUCGAGGGCCUUGAGCAGGGGUAUGUCGUGUGUGAGGCGGACAAGCGCUUCCUGCUGCUGUUCUCGUUCCUGAAGAGGUUCAUGAAGAAGAAGAUUAUUGUCUUCUUCUCGUCGUGUGCCAGUGUCAAGUAUUAUGCGGAGCUGCUGAACUAUAUUGAUCUGCCGGUGCUGGACCUGCAUGGGAAGCAGAAGCAGCAGAAGCGGACGAAUACGUUUUUUGAGUUUAGGAAUGCGAAGCAGGGGACGCUGAUUUGUACGGAUGUUGCGGCGAGAGGUUUGGAUAUCCCCUCCGUCGACUGGAUCGUGCAAUUCGACCCCCCGGACGACCCGCGCGACUACAUCCACCGCGUCGGCCGCACGGCCCGCGGCGCAAACACAAAGGGCAAAUCACUCAUGUUCCUGCAGCCCGCCGAGCUCGGCUUCCUCAAGUACCUCAAGGAGGCGCGCGUGCCCGUCGUGGAGUUCGAGUUCCCCUCCAAGAAGCUCGUCAAUGUGCAGAGCCAGCUCGAGAAGCUCAUCAGCAAGAACUACUAUCUGAAUAAUAGCGCGAAGGAUGGGAGCUAUAUCCAAGCCUACGCCUCGCACAGCCUGCGCACGGUGUUCGACGUCAACAAGCUCGAUCUACUGAAGGUGGCGAAGAGCUUUGGGUUUUCGGCGCCGCCGUCGGUCGAUAUCCAGCUGGGGGCCAGCCUGGGGAGGGACAAGAAGCCGCCGGGCGGGCGGAGGAAUUAUGGGCCGGGCGCGCAGCAUGGUGGGGGCAAGUUUAGGGGCGGGAAGAGGAAUGAUAGGGGUGAUCGGUAG